UUGCGUCUGUUGUGAAUCGUGGCAGUACGGGCCUUACUUCUUCAAAAAGCACUCCAGGUGGCAUGCCAUAUAAAUUUUCGCGCGUCUCUCUACGACCUACCGGCGGAUCAUUUUCUGCAUCACGAAGAGUGCCUCUCUCUUCAUCGACCCCACAGAUUCCUCGACGUGACCGAGAGCUUAGCCAACCACCAAGCUUAGGAACCAUGAUCCCUCACCGUGAAGAGCCUCCAGUGGCCCAACAUAUCGCUUUUACCCGCCCGACUCUGUCACUGUCGCCUGGUCAUUAUGAUGGUGACGACGAAAGGGUUUCAAAUGGGAGUCCAAGGCCGAGAAGUAGUAAUUCGAUGCUUCAUACUCAGAUUCGCCAUUUGCAAAAGCAACUUGAAUACAGAGCAGAAGAGAAUACACAAUUACGGCGUCGUCUAGAGGCUCGCGAGAACAUGGAUAUUGGUAAAUUAUGCGAGCAACUCAGAAUAGCAAAGCGCGAAGCCAAAAUGUGGCGCGGGAGAGCUGAAGCGGCGGAGAAGCGGGUAGCGGUCUUUAAGCAAUUUACGUCAAGGCUUCGAGGAAUCCGGGAUAGCGUUACGCUGAGGGAUAGCAUGCAGGAACUAGGCGGCGAGGGACAAGUUGACGGGGAAGGUCAGCGCGGUAUCGGACGAGGGACGCUUGACGGAUCGGUUUCUUCGUCCUACUCGGGGUAUACCUUGAACCAGGAAGACCUCAACAACCACAUACGUCGGAGUGCAAAGGCCCGUACCCUAGGAGGCAGCAUUGGGAGAAGUCGCAGCGAAGACGACGACUUUUGGACAAGGGGUAGCAGGACAAGACGGAGCGGUCUCUGGGAGAGGAAGAUUUCCAGUGUCCGGACAGCACGGCUGUGGGACAUUGCCGAGGAGUUGCUGAUGCUUGAAGGGGAUGUAGAGUGUGAUAGGCGAUAAGUUCUAGCCUAGGUUUCUGAAAACACCGGACAUAUGGGAGAUAAGGGGUCCUUCUAUGGACUCUGGAGUAUGAUGGGGGCACCUGAUCGAUGUCGGUGCUAAGAGUUAGAGUAGGGUUAGGUGCAUUUCAAUUGAGACGGAUUGAAGAAUCCUACGAUUCAUAGCUACCUCUAAUGAUAUGAUUAUGGCAAAAGUCCCAUGGGUGCUUAC